AUGAGACCACGAGUGGAAAUGAAGGGGGGCCCCACGGAAGAAGACCCCCGGGGCAAGGGAGAGGUGACUCGGGGACACCCCGGAAGGCAAAACGUAGUGGCACGCGCGAGGCUGUGGGGCGAGGCCGCACUCUGCUGCCGCAGUGGAAACUUCCGGAACCCCCGCGGGGUCCGGUCGGGGCAUGACAUCACCAGACCAGGCUCUCAUUGGCCGCCACGGCCGGCAGGUGGGAGCGGCCUGGCCCGAGAGCCCCCAGCCUGCUCCGAAGGGCCUGGGCCGCACGGACCCUACGACCCGCCCUCCAGGGGGUCACCCAUGGGAACAGUGCGGCCGCGGCGGCGUCCCCACGCCCGAGGUGAGAGUGGAAAAAGCGUGCAGCGGUGUGCCCGCCGGAGUGCGCCCCUCGGAAAGGCCUCCCACUCCUCAGCACUGGGCUCCGGUGCCCACCACCCGCUGUGUGGGAGACCCGCCGGCGCGGGCAAGCGUCCGGGCGUGCGUGCGCGCGCGCGCUGGUGCGGGAUGCUGCGUGUGGCGCGCGGGUGCGCGCACGUUGACUCGGGCGCCCAGCGUCCCGCAGCGUUCUGGCCCGCGACUGCCUUUCUGCGGCAGCUAGGGGCCGGCGUCCCCGGGUCUUCUCAGGGCCUGGCGGGGGUCGUGGGGUCCGCCCGAACCCAGAGACGUUCCCCGCCCCGGGCCGCGCGGUCCCGGCUCUCCAAGCUGGGCGCCCCCUCCCCCAAGCCCGUCCGUCCCGCGGGAACCGGCCCCCGCAGGCCUGGGAACCCGCGCUGGGUCCGCUGUCCGUUCGCGCGCGACGGCCGCCAGCGGCUUCUCCAUGGGAACGCAGUUUCUCGGGCCAUCCGCUGGAGGGCGCUGGGCAGAGGCCUGGCGGGGCCACGGCUCUGGGGCCGGUGCUGCUGCCAGCGGUGGAGCUCUGCGUCUUCCUCCCGAGCUGCCGGAGGAGGGGCGGCCAAGGCCGCGAACCGCGGGGCAGAGAGCCACACCUUGCAGUUCCGGCUGGGUGCUGCUGUGUACACGGCGGCUGCCUCCUGUAGCUGUCCCCAGUGUUGGCGCCUGCUGUACCCGCUGCCCGAGGCCCAUGAGGCUGCCCAGGGUCCUCGGCUUCCUCUGGAUGCUCUGGGCCUCCACGGGGGCCAGAGCCCCACACACAACCUCCAUACCCCGACAUCCUCUACAACUGGUAUCACAGAAAGGCCUCGCCUGACCCCAGCAAGCAGUCACACACCCAGGUCUCUUAGCCCAGUAAUCACUUCCGCCUCGAUUACCCCUUCUCUAACUGCCCCGAACAUCUCAGCAACCGUAACCAAUAACAACUCUUCGCCCAUCACCAAUUUCUCGAUCACAACCACAGCUUCGUUUCCUCCCACCGCCCCACUGCUUAGUACCAAUGCUGCAUCCACCCCUGUGGUCACCACAGCCACAACUGACAUCACCACUCCCACCAACAGUUCAAUGUCUACCUCCAUCACAGCCACUCUGCCCACUCCCUCUACCCCAGAAACAGCCAUGACUGUGACUACAAUGUUGGUAACAACACCCAACCCCACAAUACCACCCAGGAUUUCUCGUGUUUCUCCAACAUCAUCUUUCCCUAGUCUGAGUACAUCUACAAAUGCACUAACUACUUCUCUUGGUACUGUUCUCUCUUCUUCAAUAUCCACAACAAUAAUAUCCUCUUCUCUAUCCUCCACUAGUGCAAAUUCAAUGCUCACUACCACCCCUAACUCUCUUUCUACAUCCUCACUUCUCUCUAGUGUGGAAAAGAUAGGCUCUUUUGCUACUGCUUUCCAUGCUCCUUUUUCAUCUGAAACUGUAAGAACAUUUCCAGCCACAUCUUCUCUGAGGACCUUUGUUACUGAAACAACCCCACGCUGUUUUAUUUCUUCUGCUGCCCCAUGUCCAGAAUCUGUAUCCGUUACCAUAGCACCUGCCUCUCCCACUACUUCAUUUGCGGGAAUGGGUCCAAGUAGUGAAGUUUCUUCUCUGCCCACCAUCCCAAUGUCAGUGUUUACUUCCACUGCUGAAAUGGCCACUCCUAGUUUCACCAGUAUGACAACCGUGUUUCCUAUGCAUAUGGACACUUCUACUGUUCUGGAAAUUCAUCCUACCAACAGCAUAACAGAUGCUCCUAGUUCUGUCAGCACUGGGACUGUCCCCAGUCGCACAGUUUUGACAAGCACUCGAAGACCCACCAGUGGAAACUGGAUGGGCACCAAUUCUGUAACCAUCCCACAUAUGCCUGGAUUCACUAGCCUCCCACUGACCACAAAACCAAGCAGCAGCUUUCCAACUGCGAUGUUGACUUCAAUCAAGUUGACUUGCUCCACCCCAGCCACGAUAAAGACUCCAGACACACCAGCGGUCACCUCUCAGAGUGCUAUCAUCCUUACAUCAUCCAGGACAACUUUGACCACCACUCACUUGGACCACUGGCAAGCCCUAUCCUGAACUUCCUUUUUUUUUUUUUUCUUGUGCUGUGACAAUGGUGGCACCUGGAUGCAAGGCCUCUGCCACUUGCCCUUGGGGUUCUCUGGGCCCCACUGUGAGCUCCAGGAUAUCAGGUGCCAGCAUGGGGGUAAAUGGGAUGGCCUCAAGUGCCACUGCCUUAGCACCUUCUAUAGCUCCCAUUGUGAGUUUGUGGUGGAACAGGUGAAUCUGGGUGAACUGGAGUCUGAAGUGGGCAUGGAGGUCUCUGUUGACCAGGAGUUCUCCCCGGACCUCAAUGACAACACUUCCACAACCUACAAGGAUUUCAGUGACACCUUCCGAGAUCAGAUGCAGAAGAUUUACCAAAAUGUGAAGGGGUUCAAGGAUGUGGAGAUCCUGUCAUUGAGGAAGGAGACCCUUUUGGGGCUGAAUGGCAGCAUUGUGGUGGACCCUCUGGAGUUGCCCUUUAGCCUCCAGCUGGAGAGCAAGCAUGUGAAGGUGAAGACAGUGCUGAAGGAGAAGCUCCAGAAUGUCAGCCAUAACGGGGACAGCUGCCAGCAUACCCGGACCCUGUGUUUUAAGCCUGACUCCACCAAGGUGAACAAUAACACCAGGAAGGAGCUGACUGUGGAAGCCAUCUGUCGCCGUGCCACUGCUAAAGGCUAUGAGGAUUUUCUCUCCUUGGUGGAGGAGAACGGGCUUGGCUGGGUCGCCCAAUGCACUUGGGGCGCCAUCGACUGUCAGCGGGGCCAGUGCCUGGUGGAGAAGAGCCGUCCUGCUGGCGGCUGCUUCUCCACGGACACGCUCUGGCUCUCGGGCCCGCGCUGCGAGGUGGCCGUCGCUUGGAGGGCGCUGGUCGGGGGCCUGGUGGGGGACUUGGCUCAGCUGCGGCUGCUGCUGGCGUCCCUGGGCCUCGUCGUCGUCGCACGCUCCCGCUCGCCGAGAGAUGGCCAAGGUGGAGGCCGAUGAGCACCCUGGAGGUGCGGGGAAGGGCGGCAAAGGGGUCCCAGCUGGGGCGGCCCUGCUCUGACGGUGCGGUGCAUUGCCCCGACUCAAGUCCUGCGACGACAGAAAUGGUUCGAGAUCUGCGAUGAGGACACUAUGGGGACUUUUUCAAACUUGGACUCGGAGGACGACCGUGGACAGUCCUUAUCCAGCUCCUGGUUUCUCCCUGGGACUGUCUGUCAGGACCUUGUGAAAAGGGAAGCGUCUGGAAUGGCAGAGGGUAACUCUGCUCUGAAGG